CCCAGUGUGGUCACAUCGCGGGAACUCUAUUCAUCGUCAAAAAAAAUUCCCGCUGGAUAUCUACUUUUAAUUUCCAAAGAAGCGUUAUUAUAAUGCUGUGACGCUCGCACCCACGAUUGAUAAUCUCCAUGAGUUUCUUUGAUGAGAUAAAGGGAUUCAUCUACCGGAGGAGCGACCGCAAAAAGUCGGUCCGACGGGUGUGUGGCGACCCUGACCGGUGUGGAGCAAGCCGUCACCGGUAGUGCUCUAGCUUUUGUUUGGGCACGGUAUCUAAGCUGUUUGUCCAGUGAUUCUCCUACUGUGAGUGUGAGGUUCAAAAAGGCUCGUCCCAUUGAAACAUGACAGGUCUGCAGUAGGAAUCAGGAUCUUCUUCACUCGAAGGACUUUCUAAAGUCUUCUGGGAGUGCUGCUCACUGUAUUAGCAGAGAGUGAGAACAGGUUUGGUUUGCCCAGCUAUUUCCCUCUGUAUGCCACUCGGACAGUGAUGUCAGAGGCUGUGAAUCCUGCUUCCCCCACCUCUGAUGUCUCUUGCACCUCUCUGCUGGAGGUCAAGUCCGACACUCGUCUGGUCCUCAAAGCGUUCCUUCAUCAGUCCCUCUCCAUCCCCGCUUCUGAGAGGCCUGGUAGGGUGGGCGGCUCUUACCGAGAUCUCAACAGAUAUAGUGCUGUUCCAAAGCCAAGACCCAAGGCAAGGAGUGGGUUGGACUCACAGGACGAAGAUGUCAGUUCAGCAGACGAGAGAAAGAGCAGCUUCAAGGACUUAAUAAAGCGUCUUCCCCUCCCUGGCACCACACGCCGUUCUGUCAAAAACUUGAGCCAAGAUCACAAAGGUCAGAAUGGCACACUGGAAAACCAAGGGCAGCCAAAUGGCAAGGAGCCAGUAAAGGAUGCUGACACGUCCGUCACCUCCACCUCGGAGGAAGAGGACAGCGAGAAAAGAAAGCAGAAGAAAAAGAAGAAGUUUAAAAAGCAAAUCUCUGAGUUUUUCAGGAGACGGCUUGAGAAGGAGAAGAAUGAUGCUCGUCCACAGAGGCCUUCCUCGCUGUCUGUCCCCAAGAAACCAGAGCCCAUCCCGACUGUUGUUUCUCCAAACCACCCUCCUGAGUUCUAUGUGGAGGUGGCAGAGAAGCUGGACAAGAUUGCCCAGAGAUCCCACAGUAUCAAGAAAACUUGCCCCAAUCGUCAGCCUGAUCAACCUCAGCCGGUCCCAUCUCAGAUCAAACCUCCACCCGACAGUAGCAAAGAGGCAGUUGUCCAACAGCUCGUCCAAAUACUUUCUAUGGAGGGUGACGCCAUCAACUCUAAGAUCCAGUCUGACCCCUUCCUGCGCUCCACACUGUCGCGUCUCUCCUAUGCAUCCUUCGCCAGGGUCCUGGACACCUUUGGCAACCGUGAGAUGAAUGAGGCACCACCCUUGAGGGCCACAGCUAGUGAUAGUCCAACACUCAGGCGUGUGGCCGUCACCAUGGAGGUGUCGCGCCGCGUCGUGACCGCCACGGGCACUCAGCGCAUGCAGGGCUACGCUGAGCGCUACAUGGAGACCUUCACUCCCUGGGUGAAGAACCAAGGUGGAUGGGAGAACAUUGUUGACUUGGAGGAGAAUUUAGAGUACGAUUGAGUUCCCAGGGGUCUUCUAAUUCAGCUCUGCAUCUCCUGACUGGCCAGCACCAACCUGUGACCUCUGGAUCAUCUCCUCAGAUAAAAGAGACAAAUGCAUGUCACACCACUACCUGUUUAGACAGAAGACCCUUCCCGUUGUAGCCAGGUUACUUCUGAAAUAAUUUCUGAACAGAAACCUAUCUGACUCAUUAUGAUCUUGGCACUAAGACAAGUCAAGAAAGCACUUUGACAUGCCUCUAGCUUUUAAACAUGUACAAGGCUCGGGUUGUCGACUUUUUUUUAUGAACUGUACAGAUGCAAGUCUAUAGGGCUGUAGAUGAAGUUUUUUUUUAAAAUUAAUAAUGUUUAAGUCUUUGAUAACAAACUUGUGAAACGCUGAAGCUAAUUUGAAUAUGUUGUGGUCAGUUUUUAUUUGCAGUGCAGAUGCAAAUGCAAAAAAAAAAAAUCAAUCACCACUUCCAGUAUUUCAAAAUCUAAUACACUGGUGUAGAAUUUGACUGGCAUCUUAUAAACCAAAACCCAUCAGGCUGCCCCGGGCCUGUUUGAGCUUGUUUUCAAAGGCAUGGUCUACAUUGAUAUGGUUUGUUACAAAACCAUUUUACUUUGCUGUGACCUGUAUACUUGUAACAUGGAGCCUUAACUGAUGCACUUUGUAUCGCGUACAGGUAGUCCCCUGGUUACGAACGCCCGACAUACGAACUCCCGUACUUACGACCUGACCUCUGUAAAGCCUAUUGUUUUAAAAAAAAAAAAUCGAGUUACACACAAUGGGCUAUACUAACGAACGGACGGCCUACUUUGCGCAACGCUCAAAACACUGCACGUCACGGGGGCGUCCGGGUAGCGUAGUGGUCUAUUCCCUUGCCUACCAACACGGGGAUCGCCUGUUCGAAUCCCCGUGUUACCUCCGGCUUGGUCAGGCGUCCCUACAGACACUAUUGGCCGUGUCUGUGGGUGGGAAGCCGGAUGUGGGUAUGUGUCCUGGUCACUGCACUAGCGCCUCCUCUGGUUGGUUGGGGUACCUGUUAAGGUACCCCAACCAGGUGAUUUCACUUAAAGUCUUCCUCUUUGGUUGAAGGGUUGCUAAUCAGUGAAAUCACCUGGUGUGGAGUCCGGCUGGAAUGAAAACCUGCAUACACAUGGCUCUCCAUGGCACAUGGUUAGCCACCCCUGUACUAUAUACUAGGACAAACAUUUGACUAAUUGACGCUAGAUGUGAACGGUAUGUAACUGUUCCAACUUACAUACAAAUUCAACAUAAGAACAGACUCAAAAAUGGAACUCGUUUGUAACCCGGGGACUACCUGUAUUUGGAAACGUGUGUUUACAAAGCAACUGUUGGUAACAAGUUGAAUGCUUGUGAUUCAGGGUUGUGGUCAUAUACUGUACUGGACACUUGCCUUGAUGCAUGCUCAAUAAUCCAGGUAAGAAAAUCAAAGCAGGUUGAAUCAGCUCCUCUGGGUACAAUAUCUAUUGACAGAUAUGUUUCAUCACUCAACUAAGUGACCUCUUCAGAUGUCACUGAGAUGAGUGAUGAAACAUAUCUGUCAAUAAACGUUCUAUCCAGAGGAACUGAUUCAACCUUCUUCGAUGUACUCUAUCUACACUGUCAUUGCGAUAGGUACAGUAUUGGUAAACUAUGCACUCUAGUCUCAGGUUUACACCCCUCCGAUGCUUUUGUUUAAACAAGCUAGUUCAGCGAUGAAUGAAAGAAGUCUAGCCUAAGUGUUCAUUCAGCCAGCCAGCCAGGGUCAAGAGACGCGUUUCCUGCACUAAGACAGUGUUUACCACUACAACUAUUUAUUGUCUGAGAAUAUUCUGUUUUUAUGAGGUUUUUAACAUCAUUGUUUUAUAUGAUUAAAUUAUUUUCUACUCUGCUAUAUUUCUGUGGUCAUUGAUGUUUGCCUACUUCUGUGCAAAAAUGUUAGUCUUAGAUUUUCCCCUUUUCAACAGGACAAAUUCUGCGAAAGACAAACUCCGAAAUGCCAAAAGUUAAUUUAAGUUAUUAAGUUUCCUUUAUUAAUCCCCUUGGAGAAAUUCAGUUACUGCAAAUUAACCCAUCCUAGCUGUGAUCUGUGUAGCAAGGAGCAGUGGGCUGCUGCCUUCAUGCUGCGCCCGGGGACCAACUCCAGUUCUUUUCCCAUUGCCUUGCUCAGGGGCACAGACAGGAGUAUUAACCCUAACAUGCAUGUCUUUUUGAUGGUGGGGGAAACCGGAGCACCCGGAGAAAACCCACCGCAGAGACAGGGAGAACAUGCAAACGUCACACAGAGGACAACCUAGGAUGAACCCCAAGGUUGGACAACCUGGGGUUCAAACCCAGGACCUUCUUGCUCUGAGGCAACAGCGCUAACCACUGGGCCGCCGUGCCACCCAAAAGUUAGUUUAGGAAAUUACAUUAUUUAGUCAAUUUGAAUUUGAGUCC